UGCCCCACCUUUUCCCUCAGCCAAACGUCAACUUCGUCCAGGCCGUAAACUACUAAGCUUUCCUCCAACACACUUCUAUAUCUACGUCGACGAUUUUAUUUUCUUCCACCCGACCUCUCUCCCACAUAAUCUCCCCCUCGUCAACAAAUCUUCGAUCUUGACGCAUCGACUCGACUCUACUACCGCGCCUGUACCGAACGAGACGACUCUAUCUAAUCCCAGGUCGCACUUUGCCUCCCACCUCCCCACCUCAAAGUGACAGAGUCUUCGCCCAUCAUGAAGGUCACCUUCAAGGAUCUCAAGCAACAAAAGUUUACCCUCGACGUCGAGCCUUCUGAGCUGGUAUGCCUGCCCCGCGUUGGCGCUUGUAGCUGUAUGCGCAAAUCAUUCAGCCAGCUGAUACACUCGAUAGAUUUCUGCCGUCAAAGAAAAGAUCUCAGCUGAGAAAGGAUGGGAACCCAAGCUGCAGAAGCUGAUCUACUCUGGCAAGAUUCUGAAGGAUGAAGAGACUGUUGGCUCCUACAACAUUGAGGAGAAGGGUUUUGUGGUCUGUAUGGUGAACAAGCCUAAGCCCAAGCCCGAACCCAAGGCGGCCGAAUCCAGUGCUCCUCCUGCCACACCCGCCCAAGCUGUUGCCAACACACCUGCAGCCCCUGCGGCCCCUGCGCAUUCUUCAUCUCAUCAGACUGCUGUCCCCGCGACACCUACUCCUCAGCGCUCUGUGGAUGCUGGAACUGGUGCUCAAGCUGAGGAGCCUUCCGGCCUUGCUAUGGGAUCCCAGCGCACCGAGGCGAUCGCAAACAUGGAGGCCAUGGGCUUUGAAAGAAGCCAGAUCGAAGCGGCCAUGCGCGCUGCCUUCAACAACCCUGACCGUGCUGUCGAGUAUCUUCUUAAUGGCAUUCCCGACAAUAUCCGACAAGAGCAGCAGCAGCGUGAGGCGGCUCCCGCGGCUCCUGCUUCACAACCAGCUCAACCCGCCGCUUCCGCCCAAGGUGCCUCUGAUGAGGGUGGCGUGAAUUUGUUCGAUCUUGCUGCUCAACGUGGAGGUUCUGGUGGCCGAGGAGGAAAUGGAGGGAACCAGGCGGCGGCAGCCGCAGCAGCAGCAGCUGCUGCUGGACAAGGUGGCGAUUUGGGUAACCUCGACUUUCUGCGACACAAUGCUCAAUUCCAGCAACUCCGCCAGGUUGUUCAGCAACAACCGCAGAUGCUCGAGCCAAUCCUUCAGCAGCUUGGAGCCGGCAAUCCUCAAUUGGCCGAGUUGAUUGCUACAAAUCCAGACCAGUUUCUCCAGCUCCUCGGUGAAUAUGCCGAUGACGACACUCCCCUACCCCCUGGGGCUCAGGCUAUUUCGGUCACUGAGGAGGAACGAGAUGCUAUCGAGAGGUUGUGCCGCCUAGGAUUCGAUAGAGAUCAGGCCAUUCAAGCUUAUUUUGCCUGCGACAAGAACGAAGAACUAGCUGCUAACUUCCUCUUUGACCAACCGGAGGAUGACGAGCCUGCCCCCAACAACAACAACUAAGGGCAGAUGAGCUGUGCAGAACAAUACGCGUUACGAUUAUGAACCGAAGGAAAGGGCACAAACCCAGGCAUUCUCUGUGGAAUCACCAUCUGGCGACGGCGACGGACCAGGAAUAGGACAACAGAAGAGGAUCAUGAAAAGAAUGCAGCCAUUGGUCCCAGCUAAUAGAGCAGGCAUAAAUGGUGGUUUUGAUCUUAGAAAGCUCCCAUUCUAUGUUUGCAUUGUGAUAAUGAACACCUGAUGUAAGGUGGGUAGGUAACUGAGGAUUCUUCAGCUACUUCUGUCCUUACCUUAUCGUGUUACAGUGACUACCUAUGAAGCUGCCUUAAUUGAGUAGUACGAUGGGAUGUCAAAAUCAGAGAGAAUACGAAUAAUGCUGAAUCUCACUGCUGUUUAUAGGAUAUCAAAUUCAAGCUUCAUAGUCUAAACACCAGAAGAAUUCGAGCCUCUGCAUCAGGAGGGAGGGAGGGAUAAAUUAGGACGGGGACUCAAAGUGUAUCCUAAGUUUGUUCUAUAAGCCUAAAAUCAUUUAAGCAUUCAUAUCUUUUCAAAUUAAAACCCCAAGUUCCUGUCGUUUCCGAGGUGGCACAACUCACAGGCUGCAUGAUCCAUUUUUGUUAACCGUUACAGCAAUCCAAUGAGUGUCAGAUGGUAUCCCA